AUGCAGGUCGUGCGGUGGCUGAACCUCUGCGGGCUGCUGUUGGCCGUGCUGAUCCCCACAGGGUGGCCGAUGGGCACCCAGGACCUGGAUGACACAUCCAGAAGGCACUCAUUUGAGCCACAAAGUGCCCAGAACUUGGUGUCCAACAUCAAGAGACACUCGGAAGGAACCUUCACCAGCGACUUCACCCGUUACCUGGACAAGAUGAAGGCCAAGGACUUCGUGCACUGGCUCAUCAACACCAACAGCUCCACAAAGAGGUACCUGAAGGAGGAGCCCCAAAGCAUCCCCUUCCCCGCUGCACCCCCACUGCUGGUGUAA